AUGCAAGGGAGACUUAUCGUGCCGCUCGUGGCUAGUCUGGUGGUAGUACCGCUGCUGGUGGGUGCUACGUGGUUUGCGCUGUGCGUCGUGGUGUGCGGGGCGGUUUCGGACGCGCUGUACAGGGCAGCCUCGUAUUUGUACCUGAAGUCGGACACGUUCAUGGAUAACAAGUACACAACUGACGAUCCUCAGGCUCAUGCACUCGCUGUAGCCAAGCCCUCGCCAAGAGCACGUAACAAGAAGUUUGACCUCAGGGUGUUGCAACCAGCCUCAAGUCCGCAGGUCUCGCCUGUUCUGUCCUCGAUACAUUCGAUGCACUCGAUGCACUCAAAGACAGACACAAACUCACACACUUACAACAUCGCAAGGUCACUGGAGACAGGGAUAUGA